GAGAGGAGGAAAAGAUACAGAAAUAAAAAAGCUGAGUAGAGAGCAUGAUAAUGAAUAUCAUCCCAAGCUUAAGUGCUGGAACCUGGGCACUGCUUCUUCUCUUCCUUACUCUCCUGUUUCUAUAUGGAACAUGGACGCACAAGCUCUUUAAAAACCUUGGAAUUCCUGGACCAACCCCUCUUCCUUUCUUUGGCAAUGCUCUUGCUUAUUACAAAGGCUUUGCAGAUUUUGACAUGACUUGUUUUAAAAAAUAUGGGAAAAUCUGGGGGUUUUUUGAUGGCAGACAACCUGUAUUGGCCAUCAUGGACCCAGAGAUUAUCAAAUCAGUGAUGGUAAAGGAGUGCUAUUCUGUCUUCACCAAUCGUCGGAAUUUUGGUCCAACAGGGAUUUUAGAGAGUUCUAUCUCAAUUGCUGAAGAUGACCAAUGGAAGAGGGUUCGAACAGUAUUGUCUCCAACAUUUACAAGUGGAAAACUCAAGGAGAUGUUUCCCAUCAUUAUCCAAUAUGGAGAUGUGUUAGUGAAGAACAUGCAGAAGGAAGCAGAGAAAAGCAAGCCUGUAACUCUGAAAGACAUUUUUGGGGCCUACAGUAUGGAUGUGAUCAUCAGCACUUCAUUUGGUGUCAGUGUGGAUUCCUUGAAUAACAAGAAUGAUCCCUAUGUCAGAGAAGUCAAGAAGUUAAUUAGAUUCAGUUUUCUGGACCCACUCAUACUUACAACAAUGCUCUUUCCAUUCCUUACUCCUUUGUUUAAAAAAAUGGAUAUAUCUGUAUUUCCAAAACAUGCAACGGAUUUCUUAGUGAAAUCAGUUAAAAAAAUAAAGGAAGAACGAAUCAAAAAUUCACAGAAGAAGCGGGUAGACUUCCUUCAGCUUAUGAUGGAUACACAGACUUCUAACAAUUCAGAGAAGCACUCUCAGAAAGAUCUGAGUGAUGAGGAAAUCCUGGCUCAAUCCAUUAACUUUCUUUUUGCUGGCUAUGAAGCCACCAGCUCAGUCCUUUCCUUCCUUUUUUACAACCUGGCCACCCACCCUGAGAUCCAGGAGAAACUUCAUAAGGAGAUAGAUGCUGUUUUGCCCAACAAGGAAGCAGUCACAUACGAUGCCCUGGCACAGAUGGAAUACCUAGACAUGGUGACAAAUGAAAAUCUCAAGAUGUUUCCUAUAGCUGGCAGAGUCGAAAGGGUUGCCAAGCAAACUGUUGAGAUCAAUGGACUGACGAUCCCUAAAGGGACAGUGGUGAUGGCUCCACUUGUUGCACUUCAUCAUGACCCAGAAUAUUGGCCAGAGCCAGAGGAGUUCUGCCCUGAAAGGUAG